GACACGUGCCUACGCAUAGAAGACGAUUGAAUCGAAAUGCUGCUUACAGUUUACUUCACUAGAGCUAUAGAGAACACCUAGAACCAUAGACUACACCAUGGCUGCUACUUGCAGCGUCUCCGAACCUCUCAAAAAUGGACUAGACGACACGAGCACCCCGCUUCUCCGAGUAGAAAUACACGAUCAUUCCGGACGCUCGUACCAUGCCGCCCGUACCAUCCCAGCCGGCACGACGAUCCUAGAAGUGGACACACCAUACGCGUACACAAUCUGGAAGCCGUUCCGAAACGAAGUUUGCGCGGAGUGCUGGCGAUACGACGGCGGUCGGCGGAGCUUUCUAACGCGCAAGGAUGACGAAGGAGUCUCCGAGGAGUCGGCCGAAGGGUCAGGUGGAGGGGCCCUGCCCAGCAAUGGGCAGGACAGACCAGGCGUAGGGGCAGGUUUAUGGUUUUGCGACGCAAAUUGUCAAGGGCGUUGGCUGGGAAGAGAAGGCAGGGAGACGAUGAGGCUGCUUCGCGUGCUGGAGGAAGCUCGUCGGCAGAAGGAAGGGGAUAAGGACAAGGACGGGGGCUUCAGGCUAGAAGACCUAGGGCAGACAGAACUCUCGCGGGAGAACGUUGACAGGGCUUGGGAAAUGGUCGCGCAGAAGGAGAGGUCGCCAAAAGAAGUGAGGAAGUGGAGGAAUAUCCAACUCGACCAUUUCGAGACGGACGUAGCGAGAUAUGUCCUAAUCGCGCUCGUCCAUCGCCAUCGCGAAGCCCACGGCGAAAUGGACUGGGAGCGAGGACGACAGAUGCAAGCUGGCGAGGACAUCAUCGACAGGUCUAGUGUACAGGAGGAUACGAAUACCAUAGUCCAAUUUGGAGGGGCAAGAUGGAAGGACUUUGCAGCUCUGCAGUCUAACGAACUGCGGCACCUGAAUGCAUACCCAGAACUCCUCGAGAACCAGAUUAGAGCGUAUCAAGCGUUGAAGGGGCGAUUUUCCAGCAGUCACAUAAGGGCUUCGACAUCAGAACGACGUACUGGCAGUACAGACGGGAGAGGAGAAGCACAGCUCGCCGGCGGAGACCAACAGAGCCACAACCCCCAACCAUUGCAUAUUGGGCAGGGGGACAUCGGUGCCUUUCGAGACUUCGGAAGCAUGGUCACCAUCGACAACGUCCGGGGGGCCUUCCGUGUGGAUCCAGGCAACUCGUUCGGGAUCUGGGAAACACCUAUGACGGACGAGAGCGAACUCAUGGGUUUUGCAGUGUACCCGAAACCGUCAUUCUUCAACCAUCAUUGUUCCCCUAACGUCACCAAGAUCCGUAAGGGGCGGACGUUGGGAUUUGUCACGACUCGACCUAUCGAGGCCGGGGAAGAGUUGUGCAUCAGCUAUGGGCACGUGGAAAUGAUGUCCUUGCAAGAACGACAAAGGGAAUUGAGGGAAGGCUGGUUCUUCGAUUGUCGGUGUAGUCGGUGUGUGGCGGAGGCCGAGACACACAACUUUAAGGGACUGCAAAAGUAAUGGAAGAGGCGAACGAUUACGUCGAUUGAGCACUUCCCUUGCGUUGUGCGCUGCUAGGACGUCGUUGGCACAGUACAGCAAGCCCAGAACCAUCCAUUGUAUCGUUGCGAAUGGCCAGCGGCCUCGGAGGCACGUAUAGGCUCUAGUUCGCCCUUGAAACAUGGGUGGAGUACGUACUCACGACAUG